UCUAUUCUCUCCAGUCUCCAGCUUGAAACCUUAACCUAGUUGUGGAUUUGAACCUAGCGGUUUUAAUUUUUAUUCUAAAACGAAUGGGAGAUGCUGUGACAUUUUCUCCAAAUUGCCCUUGUACAUUUCAAGCCUUUGUGUGGAUGGGUACUGCGGGAUAUACACAAAUUUCUGCUUGUACAUAAUUUGUUUCUACUUGUGCCGGUGCCGUUGCACAAGUGAAAAAUAUAUCAAGCACAUCUUCUCUGAAAAACAAAAUAUCCUAUGCCUCUACAGAUUUCUUUAACCAGGAUAUCCCGCUAUGGGGGAUGCCAUUUUAAGUCUCACAAUGCGUUUUCUCUGUUAGAGGCACCCAUGUGCCUGAUACCCAAAACCCCUUGGUUAUGUUUUCCCCCUAGCUCAGCUGGGUUAUAUGAGAAUGGCAGAAAGAAGGUUUUCAGAGCCCUCUACAGUCAUGAAACUCUUCCUUGGAUUGAAGGCAAUGGGGACAAAUCAAAUGCCAUGGAGAAACAUGGAGCUAAACAGACCGGUGGGAAGAAGCAAGGCACCAGCUCCUGGAAUGAAGCUGCAGAUAAUUACUUCGCAAAGCAGCCCAAAACCAGGUAUGGUCACAGCAUUGGAAACAAAAAAUCAUUUGAAACGAAUGUUAAGAAACAUGUUGAGAUAUCCAAUGAACAAGUUGUUAGUACCCAUAUAGAAGAGACUGAAGAUGAAGAGGACUCUGAGCCUGUGAAUGAUGAAAGAUGGGAAAAGAUAAAGAAAAACUAUAGAAAAAUGAUGGAAACUGAUGAGAGAAGAAGACCCAAGAGAUCAUAUGAGGAAAAGGCUGAUGAGAGAAGAAGACCAUACGAGGAAAAGACUGUCCCAUGGGACCAUAGGGAAGGAUGGGGGAAGAAAACAUGGAGAGAAGUAUCUACGGCAUCAACGCUACCUAAGAUAGUAGGUGAAGCAGUCUAUGGAGUGGGUCCUGUUUUGGCUGCGAUAACAAUAGCUAGGAGGGAGUUAUAUGCCCUCUAUGUUCAAGAAGGUCUUGAUUUGAGUAGUACACAUCAGAAGAAGAAGGACAAGGCAAGUGUUGAAAAGAUUUUACAAAUUGCCGGGAAACUUGGAUUGAGUGUGAAGGAGGCUUCAAAACAUGACCUUAAUAUGCUGGUGGACUCGAGGCCUCAUCAGGGCCUCGUGCUGGAUGCCUCCCCAUUGGAGAUGGAGAGUAUAACAGAAUUGGACUCUGUUUCUGAUUAUGAGGGUAAGGGUUCUUCGCCUCUCUGGGUUGCUUUGGAUGAAGUCACCGAUCCUCAAAAUUUUGGGGCAGUUGUUCGGUCUGCUUAUUUCUUUGGAGCAACAGGAGUAGUAGUCUGUGCUAAGAAUUCAGCUCCACUGAGUGGUGUAGUAAGCAAAGCCAGUGCAGGAUCAUUGGAAUUGACUGAGCUUCGGACAUGUAGGAACAUGAUGAAAUUCUUGGAACUAUCUGCAAGUAAUGGAUGGCGGGUUUUGGGUGCUUCUGUGUCUCAGGAAGCAGUGUCACUGAAUGAGGUCUCACCAGGUGUUCCAACAAUUUUGGUGUUGGGAAGUGAAGGCAGAGGGCUGAGACCACUUGUUAGAAGAUCUUGUUCCCAAUUGAUUAGUAUACCUGGGACCCUUUCCCAUAACACGACCAGAUCCGUUGAUGAUAGUUCUAUUGAGGAUCAAUUUGAACUUGAAGAAUUUAAUCAAUUCAUGGCAGUUGAAAGUUUAAAUGUGAGUGUAGCAGCAGGCAUACUCCUCUACCAUUUGAUUAGGUCCCCCAAACCUUCUUUGGAUUCAAAAAGUUGCAUUCAAUUGGAGUCUCAGUAAGCUAAAGCCUUUCUCUUGUUCAACUUGUGGUUUAUCAUCUUUUUCAUGCCAUUGAUUGGUUCCCCUUUCGAUUGUUUUGACUAUACGUUCCCUGAUAGUUUUGCUUUCAUAUUCGUUUCUGUUCAUGAGCAAACUCUUCUGGAGGUUGCUAAUAGCAAUUUAGCAUUACUUCCAAAGAAACCACAGAUGGGCCUGCUAAGCUUUCUUCCUGCAAGCCACUGCCAACUCACUAUUUCUUGCUUUUCUUUCAUAGCUAGCCAUUGAAGAAGGAUUUUGUUAUUUCCUUCUCAAGGAUCUGGAUCACAAAAAUCAAUAUCAGUAGGCAAUCAGUUCCACAUUCAGAAAGUAUGUCAGUUAAUUUUGGUCUGACAUUACAUUAUAGUGCAUCAUCAGCUUGAAAUUGAUGUGGUCUGGCUUUAUAGAAAAUAUGGCUCAAUUUUUUGAGACCGGGCCCUUAUAUAAUCUAAAUGUCUGCUUGCAUUAUAAAUUGAUCAAUGGAUGACAGUUUGUGUUAGAAGAGUAGAA